AUGACUGAAGUGGAACUCAAAGAAAAGAAGAGAAAGGUUCAAGAUGAUGUUGAAUUAGUAGAAAAGAAGAAGAAACAUAAGAAGGACAAGAAAUCAAAGAAAGAUAAGAAGGAAAAGAAAUCAAAGAAGGAAAAGAAGGAAAAGAGCUCUGAAUCUGUUGAAAAAGUUGUCGAUGCUUCAAACGAUGUUGCCCAAAAUGAAGAUUUGUUAAAAGUCCCACAAGCUGAAAUUGAUGCUUUCUAUAAGGAAAAUGAGGUUACUGUUGAAGACCCACAAAAAUUAAAUUUACGUCCUUUACUUUCAUUCUCCCAUGUCUCUUUAGAAGGUACCAUUCAAAAAGAGAUCUCCAAGUUUCCCAAGCCAACUCCAAUUCAAGCUGCCUCAUGGCCAUACUUACUAGCAGGUAAAGAUGUUAUCGGUGUUGCAGAAACUGGUUCAGGUAAAACUUUUGCUUUCGGUGUUCCAGCCAUCCACAGUCUUGUUUCAAGCUCGAAUAAAAAGGAUAUCAGCGUUCUAGUCAUUUCCCCAACUAGAGAAUUAGCCUCUCAAAUUUACGACAACUUGAUCAUUUUAACUGACAAAGUCGGCCUAGAAUGUUGUUGCAUCUACGGUGGUGUUCCAAAGGAUGAACAAAGAAAACAAUUGCGCAGAUCUCAAGUCGUUGUUGCUACCCCUGGUAGAUUGUUAGAUUUGAUUCAAGAAGGCUCUGUUAACCUCUCUAAGGUUCAAUACCUGGUCCUUGAUGAAGCUGAUAGAAUGUUAGAAAAGGGUUUCGAAGAAGAUAUCAAGAAUAUUAUCAAAGAGACUAACGGCAAUAGAGCUAACAGACAAACUCUUAUGUUUACUGCCACAUGGCCAAAGGAAGUCCGUGAAUUGGCUUCUACUUUCAUGAGAGACCCAGUUAAGGUUUCUAUUGGUAACAGAGAUGAAUUAACUGCCAACAAGAGAAUUACACAAAUUGUCGAAGUUGUCGAACCACAUACAAAGGAAAGAAAAUUGUUGGAUUUAUUAAAGAAAUAUCAAGGUGGUGCCAAGAAGAACGAUAAAGUUUUGAUCUUUGCAUUGUAUAAGAAGGAAGCUGCGCGUGUGGAAAGAAAUUUAAGAUAUAACGGUUACGAUGUCGCUGCAAUUCAUGGUGAUUUAUCACAACAACAAAGAACUCAAGCUUUAAAUGACUUCAAGCAAGGUAAAUCCAGUUUAUUAUUAGCUACUGAUGUUGCUGCCAGAGGUUUAGAUAUUCCAAAUGUUAAGACUGUUAUCAACUUAACAUUCCCAUUGACUGUUGAAGACUAUGUUCAUAGAAUUGGUAGAACCGGUAGAGCUGGCCAGACCGGUGUUGCUCAUACCUUAUUCACUGAACAAGAAAAGCAUUUGGCCGGUGCAUUGGUCAAUGUCCUAAACGGUGCUAACCAACCUGUUCCAGAAGAUUUAAUUAAAUUUGGUACUCACACCAAGAAAAAGGAACAUGGUGCUUAUGGCGCCUUCUACAAGGAUGUUGAUAUGACGAAGAAACCAAAGAAGAUUACAUUUGAUUAA